AUGCGCGGCUAUAAAUUGACUGAAGACCGAUAUGGGAGCACUGAACCAGCCAUGCGCUUCUCUCUGUUUAUCUGCCUAGUGCUCUUGCUCACUGCUGUGCAGGCCGAGGAAUAUCCGCAACUUGGACGUCCCAAGGGCACAUACUGCCAGUCGACUAAGGAAUGUGAGGCGGGCCUGAAAUGCUGCAUGCUCUGCCCAGCCGAUGUGGAUUGCGGCGCGCGGCGAAUUGUUCUGCGGGAUUGGUUCCCGCUGUGCGACGAUAACCCGUGCGAGGGGCCGAAAUGGCUCGAGUGGGGC